GCGGAAACAACCGUCGGAAAUGACGGGUGUAAUGCGUGAGUCAUAUCGUCCGUCCCCUCGGCCAAUCUACCAUUUCCCUAUUCGACUGCCGAAACACGACGAUGGCGAAGCGCGUGACUUGGUCGACGACAACCGUCCACGAGUUCCAUCUAGGUCACAACGCGUGCUCCGUCCCGAGCACUGGCGGCCCAUCGGUAGGCCUUGUCGGUGCCGCAAUCGUGACCCGCACUGCCCCGGUUGACGACAGACUCACCGCUACCCCUCGCUCGCACACCGAACAACUUUUGCCGCCCAUGCGCCGAAUUGAACUCCUUCGCGACGCGGGCUACACCGUCGACGAAAUCGCAGUGUUUUGCAUCGCAACCAACCAGAGCCGAACUGAACGACAUGAAACUGAACAGGAGUACAUGGCGUUGAUCCGUCAACGCCAGUACGAGACGUAUCUUGUCAAGCAACAGAUCAUGGCCAUGGAAAUGGAGCGACAGCGACAGCUCUACCUGCGCAAGCACUACCAAAUGCACACGUUGCCACCGCAGAAGGCUCUUUGUAGCCUGUCGUCGAGCGACUACGUGAGACAGUCGAGUUAUCGGUACGCCACCUCGUCUGGUGCCGGUGAUGUCCAAGUGCUGGACAACAAGCGCCGACGGCUCUCAGUCGAUGCUCUGUUAAAUUAGUCUGGAGAAUAAUCCUAUUUAUACCUUGGAACUCAUGCCAGCCAA